CCUUGGUAAGUAAAGUACACCUUCACUAGAUCCGGUCUACGACGGAGCGACGUAUUCGCCAACGGCCGCGAGCUCACGAGUUGCUCCGGCAAGAAACAAACGAAUGCCAUCAGUGUGUCUUUAGAAAGUGUUGUGUCCGGACGCGGCGCGGCACGGAAUACAACAAACUUGCGGUAUUUAAUAAACUUAAAAUCCACCAAAAACAAAGUGCAUGGAUUAUAUUUCUACAUCUUAACAUUGACAUAUUGAUAUUAAACGCAGUGGAAUACGCAUAAUUAAAUUGGACUAGUGUUUAGCCGUGAAUUAUCUCCAAAUAUCAACGCAAUUUAUUAAAUUAAGGUUGUAAUAAUCUCGCCCGAUAUGCCGACGAAGCGAUAGUAGUCACAGAUUGUGUUCUGGAAACGUCGUUGCACACCUCGCGGAAAACACCAUCUGACGAUGUUGUCGACGACAAUGAAGCAACAACAGUUGAAAUCCGUGACAGCGCGUCUAAUUGGCGUGUGCGUUGCAUUGUUGGUGAUCGUGGUCGUGCCCACGCGAUCCCACGUUGCGCUGACUUACCCGCCCGCGCGCAAGUACGACUUGGACUUUUUGGACAGCUCCAGGACGAAGCCGCCGUGCGGAAUGCCCAAAGGAAACAUUCGAACAUCAUUCUUGUCCGGCAGCAAAUUCAACGUUUCAUGGCACCUUGGUUAUCCACACCGAGGUGGAUUCAAAAUUCAAUUAUUGGAUGAACUAGAGCGACCAGUAUUGGACUUGACGCCGAGUAUUCAAAAUUCUGAGUUUCUUUCUAACGAUGCGACUGCCCAGACAUUCCAAGUUCAAUUGCCUUCAAAUUACACGUGCAAUAAUUGCACGCUGCGACUUAUCCGGCAGGCGAUUGAAUGGGGAGCAAAUUACAAAUUCUGGUCGUGCGCCGAUGUCGACAUUAAAGCACGUAAAGAAUUCCGUGAGACGUGCAACGGCCACGGUCGCUACUUGCUCGGAAGGUGUAAGUGUGAUCGUUUGUACUACGGCGAUCGUUGUCAGUUCAGAGACGAAUGCUUCGAGGACAGCGAUUGCGGCAAUCACGGGAAGUGCAUUGAUGUUGAUGCGACGACGGCCCCCCGACAGCAAUGCUAUUGUCUGUUAGGAUGGUUCGGCCCGGGAUGCAACAAAAAAUCGCCAGUUAGAUCAACCGAUAUCGAUUUCGGCCUCUACAGCAGCAAGCAGUUGAGCAACAAUCUUAAAUUGUACUGGCGCAUUUUGAGAGAGCACAAAGAAUUGGAGGUUGUGCUUGUGGCGAACGGUACUUCUUACGUUGGUUUAGGUUGGCGGCCAAGGUCUUUCACGAAGAGCUGCAAAAAUUGGCCACAGAUUGGUCCCUUGGCUAAUGUCAAGUCUGAAUCUGAACCUAAGGCAGAGCCUGAACCCAGUGCUGAACCUGAACCAGAACCAAAGUCAGAACCGGAACCAACUGCCGAGCCAAAGGCUGAGCCCGAACCAACAGCAGAGCCAGAACCCACUGCUGAAUCAAAAGCUGAACCUGAACCAACUGCGGAGCCUAAAGCUGAGCCUGAACCAGAACCGACUGCUGAACCUAAGUCGGAACCAGAACCAACAGCAGAGCCCAAGGCGGAACCUGAACCAGAACCUACUGCUGAACCCAAGGCAGAACCGGAACCUACUACAACUGCCGAACCAACAACAACUGUUAAAUCAAAGUAUAGGAAGUCUUUGUAUUCAAGACGUUGCAUCCCUCGUAUUCUAGCGUCUCAUCGAGAUCAACCUGAUGGCACGAUUGAGACCAGUGUUUCUUUCAAAGUCAGCACCAAGCAGGGCAGAAAACGACGCGAAUCGGUACCCGAACCUACCGCUGAACCCAAAUCUGAACCUGAGCCCGAACCAAAAUCUGAACCUGAACCAGAACCCAAAUCUGAACCAGAACCUGAGCCAAAGUCCGAACCUGAACCAGAACCUAAGUCAGAACCAGAGCCGGAACCCAAAUCAGAACCUGAACCAGAACCCAAAUCGGAACCUGAACCGGAACCUAAAUCAGAACCUGAACCAGAACCCAAGUCAGAACCUGAACCGGAACCCAAGUCUGAACCGGAACCUGAACCAAAAUCCGAACCAGAACCAACUUCCGAGCCAAAAUCCGAACCGGAACCAAGCAGCGAACCAAAACCCGAAACCAAAAAACAAUUCGCUAAUACUCAAUCUGUGCCAAAGAAAGGAAACCAAGAAAUACUAAAUCCGUACACACCAAAACACGACUUUAGCCCAAUGGACUGUACCGAUAUCAUUAUCGGUUCUGCUAGAGACACAGCUAGCAGAAUUGGAGACUAUUACACUCGUGAUAGGUCCACCCCAAGAACUGACAACUUCUGGGGAGGAAAGAACGAUUUGACUGCCGCCAUGGGCUUUGAAAAGAACGGUGUGACAACAAUAUUAUUCCGAAGGAAGUUGGAAGCAGUGGAUCCAUCAGAUCACACUAUUGAAGAAGAUUUGAUGCACGUGAUUUGGGCACAAGGUCAAGAAAUGGGCAAAUACAUUCAUGUACCCAAAUCGGGAAUUGAAGCGUCGCCAGCGUCGGUGAAAGACUUUUACAAACCGGAUGAACUUAAGUAUCAUGGUCAUGGUAGUCAGCGCGGUGCUUUGACACUAAACUUCUUCGAUGAAAAGAAAAAAUCUGAGGAGUUAGUAGAUUUAAAUACUAGAUUCGGCGGAGCAGAAGAAGGAAAACCUGCACCUUCAAAAGAUGAAUAUACUCCGCAUUGUGGCGGCGAAUGGAAGUUACCAAGAGGGUGCAAUGUUGAAAACCGCACUUGCGAAUAUUCCGCAAAGUGGGAAUAUGUACCACGCAAAGAUGAGAUUCGAUUUACAAUUACAACCAAACAUACUGAUACAUGGACGGGUAUUGCCUUCUCAGAUGAUGAAAAAAUGUCGCAAACCGACGCAAUUCUUGGCUGGGUAGACAAAACUGGAAGACCAUUCUUAAUGGACACUUGGAUCAGUGGAUACACACAACCUUUACUGGAUAGUUCUCAAGGCGUUUACAAUGCUAGCGGACGUAUAGUUGAUGGUGUAACAACGUUGUCGUUUAACAGGAAACGAAUCACCAAUGACCCCAAGGACUUGGCAUUUACUGACGACAAAUGCCUCUUUAUGAUGUUCCCCGUCAAAGGUGGUGCUUUCAACAGCGUCAAUAAAAAAAUCAGGAAACAUGAGGUCAUUCCAAGUAUUUCAAUUGAAAGAAUAUGCAUUAAGUCAUGUGGAGAUGAUUCACUUUAUGAUCCAAUAACCACUCAGGAGCCACCAGGUCUAGGUUACAACAUUGAAGUGAAGAUAGUUGAAUUAGGCGAGAACUUCCACGCACCAAAACCGGGAACGAUUGAGUUUGAAGACUUAUCAAACACAAUCAAUAAUAACUUCAAACCUGUUUUUAACAGGAUACCUGGGUACAAAUCAAUGCAUGUUGAAGAUAUUAAAGAGGAAGACAAUAAUGUUGUUGCGGUAAUGCAUCUUCAGUUAGAUCGUGCCACAAGCGAGAAAGGACGUGCCCUGACCGAUGAGAAUGAACAUUUGGAACAAGUUCUGAAACCGAUCAAGGAAAGUGUUGAAAGUGGACGAGUGGGCGCUCUAAAAUUAGACCCUGACUAUUUGGUGUUUGAACCACAGAGUUUGACAUCCAAUAUUAUUGCGGAUACGUCCAAGAACGAAGACAGUUUCUUCCAGUUCUCUGAGAUGAAACUGUACGUUGUGUUGGGCUGCAUUGCCGCAUUGGUGCUGGUUGCACUCGUUCAAGCCAGUUGUACGAUAUACAAGACAGCCACAAAGAAAUCGUCCAGUCAUAAGGAUCAUCUCAUUCCCAACUCGGCAUGGAAGGACUAUUCCGCCGCUAAUACCAACUACGCAUUCGAGACCUACGACGACGAAAAGAAGCACCAUCAUCACAUGCACAACGGCAAGAACCGAAGUGAAACCCUCCCGGCCAAGGCCCGCGGACCCCGACCACAGGGACGACCUCCAAGCGUGCCCAACCAAGGUGGCGGAGGUGGUCCCCCAGGAGGUGGGGAACGUUACAUGAUGGGUGACACGCGUUCCUUGCAACGACCUGGAGGUCGCGGUUAUGCUCAGCCCAACACUCUUGAGCGGAGUACGUUUUCGCUACCCCGUACAGCGUAUGACCGCCACCGGCCGCCUCAUGACAUGCAGCCCGACUUCUACUUUAUGCCAUCGCAGCGGAAGUAUUCGGGCGAGGUUGUUCGCGUGUACGUCGAUUACAAUAACCAGAAAUAAUCAUACAGUCAAAAAUAUUGAGCGGACGUUGGACUGAUGUUUAAUGCUCUUUACAUUAAACGCAAAUACAAAGAGACUUUGUAGUGAAUGCAGUGGAAUAAUUCUUUCAUCUGAUGGAAACUAAAGUAGUAAAUAUGUAUUAUUUUACAGUAUAUAAAAGAUAAGUGGAAAUAAUGAACAUUGAAGAGCGGCGGAUGAUGAUCCAACAAACAAACGUUAAGUUUUUACAGAAUAAUUCUAAGAAGUGUAUAUAAUUACGCCUAUUUUUAAUUAAUAAAGUUACGUUAAAUAAA